AUGUCAAUGACAUCCGAGCUUACCAGUGCCCUGUUCCAUCACCAACGCGAGGCCCUCACGGUGGUGGGCGGGUUCCAGGCCGUUUUCAAGCGUGCGGAAGCCACAUCGUGCCCUUGGGACGAGCAGCGCGUAGACAAAUCCCACCGCCACGAGGAGCACGGGCGUUUCAGAUGCCCACCAUGGCUCAGGCCUGCGCAACUGCGCGUCGAGGCCCCAAAACGCUUCCAGCUGCGCAUUUGCGUCCACGCCCUGGAACCGACCUCAAGCAGGCGCAUCUGGGUUGGCGACUUGACUCGAGCGACUACCUCAACUCGGGCAGUAGCGCAGCUCGUCGGCGUCGAUACCGCGGCAAAUAUGCUGCAAGUGGUGAAGAUGGAUAGAAACGACCAUGCCGGCGUCAGGGCAGAUCAACACCCCGACCCCUCUUCAAACAUCAAUGCUACCUACAGGAUCAGAUGGCGUCUUCUCAUCUGUCAGACUGAGGCCUUCUACCUUCACGAGGUGCCCCUCCUCUCCACUGAUCGCGGCCCCGCUGUCGUAGAGACACUUCUCCAUCAGUCUCUACGCUCGGAGUCCUGGCUGGCGAAGGCCGUCCCAUUCAUGAUACCCGCCGCCUACACGGCUGUACUGGCCCCAGUCCCUGUCGAACUUCUUUCCGACCUCCCCUGCCUAGUGGACGUCGAGACUCAACAAUACUCACACGUUUUGACCACGGCGCUGCGACAACCAAGCCAAUUCCCGGCAACAGCUCAGUUCCUAACUUCCUAUGCCCGCUUUGCCAUUACACCCGAGCCUCGCAAUAACGCCAUCUCACGCGACGCCAUCUUGAUCAAGUUGCAGCUCAGCAAGCUCACGCUGGCAGCCUUCUUGGCUAUCACCCUUACCGUAUCUGUCGUGGCUGGUGUCGUCGCCGGAGUCGCACGCCAUAGUGUCGACUUGGGCUUAGGGGUUUUCGGUGCCCUCGUCAGUCUGGUUGGGAUAGUAGAGGGCUUUGCAACAUGGAGAUUGAUGUGA